GUAUGAAUAAGCUAGUCCCAAAAUUGCAAAAAAUGUCUUCGCUGAGCGAAGGGUUUUCUAGGGUUUUGGUACGAAACCCCCCUUCGUCCCGUCGCAUUUCGUUCAAAAUCGCGCGGUCAAAUCCGAGCUCGGGGCCAUCGCCGUCGCCGCGCCUCCCAUCCCGCGAAGAUGAGCUACGCGGCGUACAAGAUGAUGCAUUUGCCCACCGGAAUCGACCAUUGCGCUGCCGGCUUCAUCACCCACUCCCCCGCCGACGCUGCCGCCUUCUCCACGCCCGCGCCCGCGCCCACCGCCGCCGCUGGACCCGACGGCGAUAUUGACUCCACUGCGGCUAGGGCACCCCGGCGAGUGGGUCCUACCCCCAACCUGGUUGUGUCGGCGGCUAACGUGCUCGAGGUGUAUGCCGUGAGGGCCGAGGUCGCGACUGGGGCCGAGGAUGCGGGUAAUUCUUCGUCUACCGGCACCAUCCUGGAUGGUAUCUCCGGGGCUCGACUGGAACUUGUGUGCCAUUACAGGCUUCACGGUAACAUUGAAUCGAUGGCUGUGUUGUCCGAUGGCACAGAGAAUAGGCGAGACUCCAUUGCAGUUACGUUUAACGAUGCAAAAAUAACAUGUCUGGAGUUUGAUGACAGCAUCAAUGGCCUGCGGACAAGCUCAAUGCAUUGUUUUGAAGGCCCUGAAUGGUUCCAUCUGAAAAGGGGCAGGGAAUCAUUUGCCUGGGGUCCUAUCAUAAAAGGGGAUCCUCAAGGCAGAUGUGGUGCUGUACUUGUUUAUGGAUUACAGAUAAUAAUUUUGAAAGCAGCUCAGGUUGGGCAGAGCUUAGUAGGAGAGGAUGAACCUACACGCGUGUUGAGUUCCACUGCUGUUCGGAUUGAAUCUUCGUAUGUGAUUGAUUUACGUGAUCUAGAAAUGAAUCACAUCAAAGACUUUACAUUUGUGCAUGGUUAUAUUGAGCCUGUGUUGGUCAUACUUCAUGAGCGAGAGCCUACAUGGGCUGGGCGUAUCUCAUCGAAGAGCCAAACAUGCAUGCUAUCUGCGUUUAGUAUAAGCAUGGGUUUAAAGCAACAUCCGAUGAUAUGGUCUGCUGCUAAACUUCCACAUGAUGCAUAUCAACUUCUUGCAGUGCCCCCUCCUAUAAGUGGCAUUCUUGUGAUCUGUGCAAAUUCAAUCCAUUAUCAUAGUCAGUCCACUUCUUGUUCACUUGCCUUGAACAGUUUCUCAUCACAGCCUGACGGAAGCCCAGAGAUUCUUAAAACAAGUUUUCAUGUUGAGCUUGAUGUAGCUAAAGCAACAUGGUUAUCCCAUGACAUUGUGAUGUUUUCAUCAAAGAAUGGAGAAAUACUAUUACUAACAGUGGUUUAUGAUGGGCGAGCUGUGCAAAGAUUAGAUCUUAUGAAAUCCAAAGCAUCUGUUCUUAGUUCGGGUGCUACAACUCUUGGAAGUUCGUUCAUAUUUCUUGGCAGUCGUCUUGCAGAUAGCCUUCUUGUGCAAUUUUCAUGUGGCAUGCCAACAUCGGUUCUGCCUGAUCUAACAGAUGAGCCUGCUGAUAUUGAAAGUGAUCUGCCUUUCUCAAAGCGCCUAAAGAGGAUUCCCUCUGAUGUUCUACAAGAUGUUACUAGUGUUGAGGAACUUUCUUUUCAUAAUAAGGCAGUGCCAAAUAUUGUAGAUUCAGCAGAGAAGAUCUCAUUUGUUGUGAGAGAUGCUCUGAUCAAUGUUGGUCCUCUGAAAGAUUUUGCAUAUGGUUUAAGAACUAAUUCUGAUCCCAACGCAGCAGGCAUUGCGAAGCAAAGCAAUUAUGAGCUGGUGUGUUGUUCUGGGCAUGGAAAAAAUGGAACGCUCUCGGCCCUUCAACAAUCUAUCCGUCCAGAUUUAAUUACCGAGGUGGAACUACCAAGUUGCACAGGUAUUUGGACAGUUUACUACAAGAGUUCUCGUGGAAAUACAACUGACAAUAAUGAAUAUCAUGCUUAUUUGAUAAUAAGCCUAGAAAGCCGCACAAUGGUGCUUCAGACAGGUGAUGAUCUUGGAGAGGUCACUGAAACAGUUGACUAUAAUGUUCAAGGGAGCACAAUUGCUGCUGGUAACUUGUUUGGGAGGUGUCGCGUCAUACAGGUAUAUGCCAAGGGUGCUCGUGUGCUUGAUGGUUCCUUCAUGACACAAGAGCUAAACUUUUCUAUGCAUACUUCCGAAUCGUCAUUGAAUUCUGAGCCUCUUGCAGCUGCAUCUGCUUCAAUUGCAGAUCCAUAUGUUCUCUUGAAAAUGAGUGAUGGAUCCAUUCGACUUCUCAUAGGAGAUCCUUCAACCUGUACUAUUUCUAUAAAUGCUCCUGCCAUAUUCGCAAGCUCAAGUGAGCGGAUAUCAGCAUGUACACUAUACUGUGACAGAGGACCUGAGCCAUGGCUUAGAAAGACCCAUACUGAUGCAUGGUUAUCCACUGAUGUUGGAGAGGCUAUUGAUGAUAAUGACAAUUCUUCUCACGACCUGUCUGAUAUAUAUUGCAUAAUUUGUUAUGAAAGCGGUAAACUGGAAAUUUUUGAAGUACCCAGUUUUAAACGUGUGUUCUCUGUGGAUAAUUUUGUUUCUGGACCAGCUAUCUUGUUUGAUGUGUUUUCUCGUAAUUCUACUAAGGAUUCUGGAAUAGGGGAUCGAGAUGCUUCUAAAGUUUCUGUGAAGAAAGAGGAAGCAGCAAACAUUAAGAUAGUUGAGCUUGCAAUGCAUAGAUGGUCUGGGCAGUUCAGCCGGCCAUUCCUCUUUGGAUUAUUGAAUGAUGGGACAUUGUUGUGUUAUCACGCAUAUUAUUUUGAAGGCUCAGAAAGCAAUGUGCAAUGUGCUCCUUUCUCACCUCAUGGUGGUUCACCGGAUAUUGGCAAUGCCACUGAUUCAAGACUCAGAAAUUUGAGAUUUUGUCGAGUUUCAAUAGAUAUCUCAUCACGAGAUGACAUAUCAUGUCUUGUACGACCAAGAAUAACAAUUUUCAACAAUGUUGGAGGUUACGAGGGAUUAUUUCUUGGUGGCCCAAGGCCAACCUGGGUUUUUGUUUGUCGACAGCGAUUUCGGGUGCAUCCACAGUUAUGCGACGGUCCAAUUGUAGCCUUUACUGUUCUCCACAAUGUCAAUUGUUGCCGUGGCCUUAUUUAUGUGACAUCUCAGGGUUUUCUGAAGAUAUGUCAGUUGCCAUCUGCAUAUAACUAUGACAACUACUGGCCUGUUCAAAAGGUCCCCUUGCAUGGCACUCCACAUCAGGUCACAUAUUAUGGAGAGCAGUCACUUUAUCCGCUUAUUGUGUCAGUUCCUGUUCGCCCCUUAAAUCAAGUUCUUUCUUCUAUGGCUGAUCAAGAAUUGGGUCUGCACAUGGAGAACGAUGUUACAAGUGGUGGUGACCUCCAAGAGGUCUAUACUGUUGAUGAAUUUGAAGUUCGUAUUAUGGAGUUGGGAAAAUCCAAUGGACGUUGGGAGACAAGGUCCACCAUUCCGAUGCAAUCAUUUGAAAACGCUUUAACAGUGCGCAUCGUUACCUUGCAAAACACAUCUACGAAGGAAAAUGAAACCCUGAUGGCCAUUGGAACUGCUUAUGUUCAAGGGGAGGAUGUUGCUGCUAGAGGACGGGUGCUUCUGUUCUCUUUCAGUAAAAGUGAAAAUUCUCAAAAUCUGGUUACCGAAGUCUACUCAAAAGAGAGCAAAGGUGCUGUAUCUGCUGUUGCCGCUCUUCAAGGUCAUCUACUGAUAGCUUCUGGUCCUAAGAUCACACUGAAUAAAUGGACUGGCUCUGAAUUGACUGCCGUUGCAUUCUAUGAUGCACCAUUGCAUGUUGUGAGCCUGAACAUUGUGAAAAACUUUGUUUUAUUUGGUGAUAUUCACAAAAGCAUAUAUUUUCUUAGUUGGAAGGAACAAGGUUCUCAAUUGAGUCUGCUGGCAAAAGAUUUUGGUUCACUUGAUUGUUUUGCAACUGAGUUCUUAAUUGAUGGAAGCACCUUGAGCCUUGUAGUUUCAGAUUCUGACAAGAACGUGCAGAUUUUCUAUUAUGCCCCCAAAAUGGUGGAGAGCUGGAAGGGGCAAAAGCUCCUUUCCAGAGCAGAAUUUCAUGUUGGAGCCCAUGUGUCGAAGUUUCUGAGAUUACAGAUGUUGCCUACACAAGGAUUAGCAUCUGAGAAGACAAAUCGUUUUGCUCUUGUAUUUGGAACGUUGGAUGGUGGAAUCGGAUGCAUUGCACCUGUUGAUGAAUUGACAUUUCGACGGCUCCAGAGCUUGCAAAGGAAGCUCGUAGAUGCCAUACCCCAUGUCUGUGGAUUGAAUCCAAGAUCGUUCAGGCAUUUCAAGUCAAAUGGCAAGGCACAUCGUCCUGGACCAGAUAACAUCAUUGACUUUGAGCUUCUUUCUCACUAUGAGAUGAUGUCUUUAGAAGAGCAGCUCGAGAUUGCGCAGCAGAUUGGAACUACCCGCUCUCAGAUUCUUUCUAACUUUAGUGACUUUUCACUGGGCACUAGUUUCUUGUAAGUGGUAACCUGUGGCUAAGUAACACCAUGCUUCUGAUGAAAGUGGUGCUUGCCAUUCAUUAGCCACGUCAAGAAUUAGGCCCAAUUCCAUCAACAUGGUCACUUCCACCAGUUUUAUUGUAAAGAUGGCUGCUGUAAUUUAGAUAUUAAUGGUGUAACUGGAAGUUGGGCGCUUGGCAACUGAUUGCAACCAUAUUUGUUUCGUUGGACUGAAGUAGUAUUGGAAACUGCACUGAAAAUGAACUAUCUGAAGAGUUUCUCGACAA